AAGUUUUUUUUACCCCCUCAGAAAAAACGAGAGGUUCUCUUUCAAUCUUCCAUCCCAAACCAUCAAAACCUCCAUCCAUCAUUCUACACUCUCUCACCACAAACUUCCUCACUUCCUAUCUUCUCUCUCCUCUCUCUCUCUCUCCCUCUCUCUUCGAAGCACACAACAAUGGCGGCUCUGCAAAAUCCAGUAGCAUUACAAUCCAGAACAACAACAACAACAGCAUUAUCAAAUUCAUCCACUACAAAAACUCCGAAGCCAUUUUCUCUCUCCUUUUCUUCUUCUACCGCCACUUUUAACCCUCUCAGGCUACCAAUUUUGUCUCACUCUAAGCUCACCGCUAAAACUCGCGGCGGUGGAGCUCUCGGUACUCGUAUGUCUGAUAGCGCCGCCGGAAGAUACGCUUCCGCUCUCGCUGAUCUCGCUAACUCCAAUGGCACUCUUGAAGCUACCAGCGCAGAUGUCGAGAAAAUCGACAAUAUCUUCUCUAAUAAAGAGGUUUAUGACUUCUUUGCAAACCCAGUGAUUGGCAUCGAGAAGAAACGUGGCAUCUUGGAUGAGAUCGCCAGCUCCUCAAGCCUCCAGCCUCAUACUGCUAACUUCCUUAACAUCUUGGUAGAUGUGGAUCGUAUUCAACUAAUCAAGGAUAUAAUAAAGGAGUUUGAGGUGGUCUAUAAUAAGCUUACUGGAACUGAAUUGGCAGUGGUGACUUCGGUGGUGAAGCUGGAGAAUGAUCACUUGGCUCAGAUUGCUAAGGGUGUGCAGCGGUUGACACAGUCAAAGAAUGUGAGGAUUAAGACGGUGAUUGAUCCCACACUGGUUGCUGGGUUCACUAUCAGGUAUGGUAAUGGAGGUUCCAAGUUGGUUGAUAUGAGUGUGAAGAAACAGCUUGAGGAGAUUGCUGCUCAGCUUGAUUUAGCUGAUGUUACACUCGCUGCUGUAUAAAACUAGCAUCAUAUGGUCAUCUAGUAUAUUUGGUUUAAAAAAUGUUCUGAAUUUAGAUUUGGGAUUCUGCAUUUUUGAAACUAUAUGUAUUCAAUUGUAUAAUUAUGUUAAUGACAAGCAAAUUGGGCAUUUGUCCAUUAUUUAUGCCUAUAAUAUAAAGUAUAUAUAAUUUCAUGAUA